UCCCUCUAAAGAGUAUGAUUUCUUUCUAAGAAACAUUAUUCUUGUGAUCUAUCUGGAGUCACUUUUUUACUAAAGACAUCUUCAACUAUCGAUCUAAAGAUCAUCAGCGUCCCACACCUACAGCAUCUCUGUCUUCCAGCAAUGAAGUUCAUUUGUUUGACUCUGCUGAUUAUUAGUGGAAUUACAGAUUCGGGAUCAGAGCAGUAUAAUGUAGUGGGACCUGCAGAUCCUGUAUUUGCUGGAGUUGGUGAAGAUGUGAUUCUGCCCUGUUCAGUCAAACCCAACAUCAGUAUUGUGAACAUGAGAGUGGAGUGGUUUAGACUUGAUCUGAAAGACUCACUAGUGCAUCUCUAUGAUGAUCAUGCAGACAAAAACACUGAUCAGAUUCAGUCCUACAGAGAGAGAACAAAACUGAAUCAAGAACUACAGAGAGGAAAUGCAUCACUCAAACUCUCAUCAGUCCGAAUCUCUGAUGAAGGACCUUAUAAGUGUUUAAUACAGUCCAAAUCCGGGUACGAUGAUAUCACUGUUAAUUUCAAAGUUGAAGUUGUAGGACAUCCUCCAGUGAUCACUGUAGAUGGGUUUGAUCAUUCAGGAGGGCUUCAUCUACAGUGUGAAUCUGAAGGUUGGAAUCCUAAACCUGAUAUUGAGUGGCUGAGCAGUGAAGGAGUCAGACUGAAUUCAGAAACUACAGAGAUGCAAAGAAAAAUAGAUGGGUUCCAUGUGAAACACACCAUCACUGUAUAUGAGAGAGACAGCAACAUUCACUGCAGAGUCAAACUAAAGCAUCACAUGCUGGAGACAAUGAUUAUUACGUCAAGUAAUAUGUUUAAUUCUUGGAGGACGCCGGUCAUCGUGAUUUCAGUUUUUGUUGUGCUCAGUGUCAUUGCUGGAAUAGUACUGAUAGCUGUGUUUGUUCAUAAAAACAGAGGAAAAAUAUUAGGAGAUUGGAACAACAAGAAUCUGCUCAGAUUAACACCAACAAAGGGAAAAGACUUAAAAAUGAACAAUAUAUUCCAGAAACUCCAUCUUGAAGGCAGACACCUCAAUAAACUGAGAGCUGCAGAUGUUCUUCAGUUAACU